ACAUUAUUAACAAUUUUAAUUUUCAUCUUCCUCCAGCUUCUGGUUUUUUCUCUCCCGAGUCAAUUAGCUUCUUCCUCAAAAGAGAUAGAAAGAGGAAAUGGCUAAUGACACAUACGAGGAAGCCAUUGAAGGCCUGAAGAAGCUGCUCAGUGAGAAGAAUGAGCUGGAGGAAGUGGCAGCAGCAAAGGUGAGGCAGUUGACGGCGGAGUUGGCGGGGGCCGCCGAGAAGCCGGCUUUCGACCCGGUUGAGAGGAUCCGGACCGGGUUCGAGCACUUCAAGAAAGAGAACUACGAGAAAAAUCCAGAAUUAUAUGGUGCACUCGCCAAAGGCCAAAGCCCCAAGUUCUUGGUAUUUGCAUGCUCCGACUCUCGAGUAUGCCCUUCGCACGUGCUGAAUUUCCAACCCGGGGAGGCCUUUAUGGUGCGAAACAUCGCUAGCAUGGUUCCACCAUUUGACCAGAAAAAGUAUUCAGGAAUGGGGGCUGCAAUUGAAUAUGCAGUCAUUCAUUUGAAGGUGGAGAAUAUAUUAGUGAUUGGACACAGCUGUUGUGGUGGGAUAAAGGGACUCAUGUCUAUCCCUGAUGAUGGGACCACUCAAAGUGAUUUCAUUGAGGAAUGGGUGAACAUAUGUAAAGUAGCCAAAGCCAAGGUCAAGACAGAAUGCAACACUUUGGACUUCACUGAACAGUGCACUCAACUUGAGAAGGAGGCAGUGAAUGUAUCACUAGGAAAUCUGCUAACCUACCCAUAUGUGAGAGAAGCUGUGGUGAAGAAUGCUAUCUCUUUGAGGGGAGCACACUACGAUUUCGUUAAGGGCACGUUCGAGCAUUGGAAUCUCGAUUAUAACCUCUCUCCUUCGGUUUCACUUUGAGAUUUUCUUUUUAACCUUUUUCAACAGUUUCUACUACUGUAAAUGUUUGUCACAAAAUUCAGCUUUUGUUUGUUGCCAAAAAAUAAAUAAGGUUUCUUGGUUUUCUAUGCUGAGUGUAGAGGUGACUCAGUGAGUCUAGGUUGGUGUUUUUGAUUUUUGAUUUCCAGUAUUUGUUGUUGGUACUGAAGAAGUACUGUGAACACAUGUUUCUAAAUGAGUGUGCCUUCUAAAUAAAUUGGCUUUUCUUGUUC